AUGUAUUAUGCAAGUUCAUCUUUGAAUCAUAUUAAACCUCUCGCUUUAGAUAGUAUUGGGACGUUGACAACCCUCCCAUCCCUUCCGGAUGAUAUUCUUUACAUGAUCAAAAGGGAUUUGGAUUUUGCAUCGACUAUCGCUUUAAGGGGCGCGUGUCGUCAAUUAUAUUCCGCAUUACCAGAUUCACUCUUGUUCUCAAAAAUAGUUCUCCCUCCCUCCUUGACUCAACGACAAUUUGAUAGUCUAUUCUCUUACCUACUUUCAACGAAUAAAACUCAAAAUAUUCGUAAUUUAACAUUUGAUCAAUCACAAGUGACCGAACGUGCGAUUAUUUCCGCAUUGGAGCAUUGUAAGAAUUUACAAGAUUUAUGCAUCCUAUCUUGCAAGCAAGUUAUGUUAUUGCCAAUGACAAACGCGAUGGUGCAAUGGCAUCAGGAUAAAUCAGGGAAUUCUCCGGAUUUGAAAGAGUUAAAAAAGAUUAACCUGACCAGAUGCAUCGGUGGAAAAAGACAUUCCUUAACCGUUAAAAAAGUUAUUAAAGAUUUGAGUAAAUUACAAUAUCAUGAUUCGAAUUCAAAGUCGAAAUUGAAUGAUGAUUUCAUGUCAACAAGGAUCAAUUUGAUCCUAAAUUCAACUCCCAUUCAAUCAUUGGAUGGCGUAUUCCAAUUUCAAAGUUGUCAAUAUGAUACAUGUGAAUAUUGUACAAUGUCAUGUGCGAAUUGUAAAGCAAGGUAUAAAUAUUGGGAUGAAUUUUGGAUAAAAUGCGGAUGGUGUAAAGGAAGAAAUUUUUGUGGUCAAUGUAUCACGGAAACUUCAAGGAAGAAUAAAAAUUACACCUUUCAAUUCAUGCGGUUAAAGUUAUGUCAAAUGUUUGAAUUACCUUGUCCUUAUUAA